GGCCGCACUUCCGCCAUGGCGGCGGGGCGGGGCUGGGCCGGCAUGGCGGCGCCGGCGGCGCUGCGGCGGUGGUGGAUGUUGGCGCUGGGCGGCCGGACGAGCCGCUGCCCAGCUCCGCCGUGCUCGGCCCGAGCGCUGCCGAGGCCUCCGGCCGGCCCUGCCCGCGCAGCUGGCUCCUCGCUGCGCUGGGCAUCGUCCUUCUCCGAGCCGGGCCCGACGGAGAGCGACCCCAGCGAAGGACAAGUCUUCCUCAGCGAGAGCUGCGUGAAGAGACUGCUGGAGAUUGCGGAAGGGUCAGAAUUUCUGAGGCUGCAGGUUGAAGGAGGUGGCUGCUCUGGGUUCCAGUACAAGUUUUCCUUGGACACAGUUAUCAAUCCUGAUGACAGAGUGUUUGAACAAGGUGGUGCCCGUGUGGUUGUGGAUGUGGACAGCCUGGCCUUUGUGAAGGGUUCCAUGGUGGACUACAGCCAAGAGYUGAUCCGAAGCUCCUUCCAGGUGGUGAGCAACCCUCAGGCAGAGAAGGGUUGCUCAUGUGGGACUUCCUUCUCUGUCAAAUUCUGACUGGACUUGCCAUGGAUGGACACUGUUUGCAGGCACUUCUGGCAGUUUCCAGAGGGUUUAUGUUUGUUCUUUUCCCAGCUGCUCUCUCUCAUCUCCCUUACCCUGUGACACAGCUGUUACACAUUGCUGCGGCUGUGUGUGUGUUUGCACUGAGCCUCUCUCCAAGACUUGUUGGCCUUCCCUUCAGAAACAUAAAGUAACCAUGAGCAUGCAUACAGGACCAUGUUCAGCACCUUGUGAGCCGCUGGCUAGGUGGUGCUGACUUGCCUGCCCUAUCCUGAAUGUGGAACUACUUAACUGUCUCUGCAAGAGAAGGCUGUAUAUAUAUAUAUGUAUGUGUGUGUGUUUAUUGAAAGUUCUUACUAAAAAAAAAUCUAUGAGAUUGGCAUUAUUUGUGCAUUUACAUGUGGGUAGAAUCUGGGUUCUCAGGCUACUGUUGCUUAUGCUUCUGGGAUAGGACUUGGAGUCUUUUUCACGUGUACCUCCCAGAAUUGCUGGCUCUCCACUCUCUGCUCACAGUGAGCUUUUCCAGAUACUUUGUUCUUUCCUUGCUGAGCAGGAUUCUCUUGGUCCAAGGAACCUAUGGUGGCUUUGCUAUAAGUUCCUGGAAUGAUGGUUUUUACUUGUUUCAGAGUUAAGUGAAACCAAAAAAAUUCAGUAGGAAGAAUUAAGAGCUUAUGUCUUUUAUAUAAAAAAAAAAAAAGAAAAACCUUGUAUAUAUGUAAAAAAAUAAAAUACACAGCUCUCUGUGCUCCAGUACUAUUUUAGGCUGUUUCUAAGCCUGACAUGGAAUUUUAGGUCAUACAGACACUCAGGUUUCAGUAGUGUGUUUGCUGCCUGCUUUUGCCAGCUGGAAGGGAAGUUAAGUUGAUACAGGCAGAGGAGAUCUGGAGUCCAGGAGAUCUGGACUGUUUAAGGGUCUUCAAGUCCUUUUCACUUGAAGUUGUCUGGGAAGCUUUUCCAUAAUUUGCUUUACCAUUUAGUCUCUGUCUAACAUGCCUGGUUUGAUGAAAGACUGGAAUAGCUCCACUCCUUUCUAAGAUUCCCGUGAAAUGGGAAAUCUAGAAGUCUCCGGAAUAACAUCCUUUUGAUUAGUCAUUUUCUGUGGUUUUUAUCUGCUGCUAGAUGUCUUUUAAAUCAGUGAUUCACCUGCUUCUGGAUGAAAGGAAAGAUGGGGAAGCUAUUUUUGUUCCCUCUCUUGUGUUU